AGUAGUAAAUGUUAUACAUCGCGCAUAUAUGCAUGCAGAGCACGUCAAGUCUUCUCUAUCCACAGUACAUGUAAAUGUGCAUGGAUGAUGUACUAUAGUACGCGAAGUCAACAUAGUUUCAAAGAUGCCUGAAGUAAUGCAGUUGCCUCAUGAUGAGGAGCUAAGUGUACCUGUACUUCCUUUAACAUCAUCAGCGUUAAGAGCAGGUGCUCAUCAUCUGGCAAGACAAUGUGAUAAGCCGAACAAAGAAUUUAUGCUUUGCAAGGAAGAAGAGAAAGAUCCAAGGAAAUGUCUUGAGGAGGGUCGACUGGUGACAGAGUGCACCUUCAACUUUUUCAGGCAGAUCCAGGCAUCUUGCAAUGAAUCUUUUACUGACUACUGGACUUGUCUAGACUACCGUGAGCAAAGCUUUCGAAGGUGUCGUAAGACUCAGGCAGAGUUUGACAAAUGUGUUCUUGACAAUCUUGGCUGGGUUCGACCUGAACUUGGUGAAAUCAACAAGGUGACAAUUGUCAAGACUGAGAGACCACUUCCUGAGCUAGUACCCAGGCACAAGCCAGAACCAACCUAUGUGCCUGAAAUUGAACCAGGCAGCACCCCAAUUCCCAAGCAUGGGUCCAGAUGGUUUUUCUGGUGGUAAAAAAAAAUGCAUACAUGGGUUUGAAUUUGCAGUUUUACAGUUGUUUUCCCAUUGUUAUGAUCACAGAGAAUUUGUAGCAUGAAUAGUUUCUAGGUAUUCGAAGUGACUUGAUACCUGUACCAUCUCCAUUUGAAUGUUAAUGUUGUAAAUGUGUGUAUACGGUAGAAUGAUGUAGUCUUGGAUACUUCAACCACUUAUGAAGUACAUGUUUGUACUUUGAUAUUCUAUCAUAGACAGCCCUUUCAGCUCUGGAAUGUUUCUACAACAGUUGAAUAGAAUCAUGCAGCACACAAGUACUGCAAAGUGUAGAUCUACAUGCAUGACAUGUAUAUAUACAAAGAGUAGUAUAAUUUGAAAAUGUGAGUUAUUUAAUCACAUUACCCUUUGUAAGACAGCAGAUUUCCAUGAAUCGUUCACGUACUUGCAAAUAUGGGUACUGUAGGGCAGGGAGCAAAGGUCUUUCUAAGGGGUAGAGCAAAGCAAUAUCAACAGCAAACUGAUAAACCAACAACUGUGGAAGGGGAUCAUUUUCAAUGUGUUUUUGAGCAAAUUGAUGAAUUUCAUCCAGGGGAGAAAAAGGAAGGAUGAACCCAAUGGCCCCUAACACAUAAAAUCAAGAAGAAAAUAACUUGAAAAUGUAAACAAAUUUUGCAAAAGCAUUUGUUACAAAAAUGGCUAAAGAAGCCAGAAAUUGUCUCAGACCACACCACAGAGCAUUUAUUCCCCAACCCUGCAUCACUCUGGACUUCACGCUCACAUUUGUUCUUAUCAGGGCUAUGUCCCCUCCACUUUUCAAAAUGGAUUGAUGGCCUUGGUCACAACUUAUCUCAGAUGACUAUUAAACCAAACGCUUUUUGGGGGAGUCCAUUCUAGCAACAUCUUUCUGUACGUACAUGUAUUUUAUUGAAGACAAAUAUAAGUUCUGUGUAAAAUGUAAUUUAUCAGUAAACAUAAGGAACCUACCAGUCUAGAAGAAAUCAGUUUGACUUUAUAUAAGAUAUCAGGAUCCAUUUAUGAUUAGUUUUGGGGGCAUUAAGUUGGCACAUUUACAUGUCAGUGUUGGUACUGUCUAAAUAAGAGUUGUACGCACUGUACAGAAAGAUGACAACUCUGGCGAAGCAUUUCAAUCUGUUGGAUUUUGUAGCCUUGUGAAACCAGUGGUAUAUGUGGUUAAAAAUUUAACAGUCUACGGCA